CCUUGUGGCUCAUAUGAAAUCACAUGAACACUUUCACUUUCCAAACAUCACUUGAAGUGUACUUCCGUGCUUGCGCGAUAUCUAUUUUAUCUUCGAAAAUAACUUUAAUAACAACUUGUUGGCCUACAGUUGAAAACGUUUUCAUUACGUCCUCUCCGUCCUUCGUCCAAACGCGCGUCUAUCGGUAUGUGCACUCGUCUGAAUGAAUCAAUCCGCCCGGGGCCUGUAUUGAAAUGUAAAUAGUCUACAUCACGUCAAACUUUAAUUUAUCAGUGUAUAUAUAUGCCACCCAAUAUGAACCGGAUCGUUCAUUAUUAAACUAUUAAUAAUAUUCAGUGACCUGGUAAAUAUUGGAUUUAUUUCGACAAAGAAAAGUGUAUUGAAGACUUGCAGUUGCGUCUGCGCCAAUGGACCAGUUGGAUUUUCUGACAGAUGAGGAGUUACUGCGGUUUUUCCGCUGUAGUAGGACAGAGAUGUCGUGCAUGGAGCAACCACACACCUUUCUUAACCAGCUCCGAGACCACCACCUCAUUCCGGAAAAAAUGUACAAGAAGCUGAUUCGGUGUAGGAGUAAGGACGUGAGGGAGAAGGGUGUGUACCAGGUGUUGGACUGGGUGGAGUCAGAGAGGCCCGACAGCAUCAAGGUGUUCUGGAACUGUGUGUUCAGGGACCACCUCCUGCAGCAGUACCCCACGUUACGCCUGUUACGAAACCGCCUGCUGGACGGGUCGUUCACAUUCUAUGAAAAACUGCCAAAGAAGGUGGAGAAGGAAGAGGAGGAUAAAAAGCAGAAGGCUUCAGCAGAAGAGGAGGAGGAAGAGGAGGAGGAGGAUAAGAAGAAGGCUUCAGAGGAAGGAGAAGAGGAGGAGGAGGAGGAGGAGGAGGAGAAAGAAGAGGAGGAGGAAGAGGAGGAGGAGAAAACAAGGAAAAAGAGUAAACAGAAAGAGAGAAGUGAGAGUGCUGAGGAGGAGCAGCCCAGCACAUCCACCCAGUCCAACCCCAGUCAGAAGAGGAACGUCCAGAGGCCGACCAACUAUUUUCCUUUCAGGAAGGGAGAGAAAGAUGACAUCUGGACCUGGCCCAUCUACAAGACCCAGCUCCCAGUCACCUGUGGGGACAAAGAAGGCAUGCUCAAGAGGGACAAGCUGGCCAAAGGGAAGAGGUGCAUUGUGGUCCAGGGUCGCUGGUUCACCCCAAGUGGCUUUGAGGAGUUUGGGGGGAAGAAGAGCAGUAAGAAGUGGAAGUACAGUAUCCGCUGUAGCGGCACCACUCUGGGAGAACUGAUCCAGGAAGGUCAUUUAACUUCACCAGACUUUAAAAGAAGAAAGAGUGCACAGCAUGAUCAAGAUAACAAUGACGACUGCUUCAUCUGUAGAAGCCAGGGCAGCUUGAUAUGCUGUGAUGAGUGUCCUCGCUCCUUCCAUCAUAGAUGUCAUCUUCCUAAUGUGGAUGAUGCUAUCCUGGGGGAUGAUCGUCCGUGGAUGUGUACAUUCUGUGUACUGAGGGCCAGUCAUUCGUGGUAUCACCCCACACAAAUGACCUACCAAGAAGCCUUGACCUGCCGAAUCUCUGACCACCUACUGGAAUGCCAGUACCUCCUGCUGUGUCUCUACCAUGCGGACGAGGGCCACGUCUUUGUGAAAGAUCCUUGCAUCAAUGUGAGAAACUACACCAGUGUGAUAAAGACCCCUAUAUGGCUGGACAGGGUUGUGGAGAAGCUGCAGCAGAAUCUCUACCAGUCAAUGCAACACUUUGUGUCUGAUGUGUUGCUUAUCUUCACCAACUGUGCCACAUUUAACAGGGAUAAUGCAGAGUUCCGUGGAAUGGGCAAAAGAUUGAAGGAUCUAUUUGAGAGAGAGUUCAAGAGUACAUUCAGCAUCCAACUUCAGCAUCCAACUGCAUCCAACAGCCAGUAGAGCCUUCAUCAAGUCUGUACUGUUAUCUCACUAUUUUUUUUUUUUUUUUUUUUAUUUCACCUUUAUUUAACCGGGUAGGCUAGUUGAGAACAAGUUCUCAUUUGCAACUGCGACCUGGCCAAGAUAAAGCAAAGCAGUUCGACACAUACAACAACACAGAGUUACACAUGGAAUAAACAAAACAUAGUCAAUAAUACAGUAGAAAAAUCUAUAUACAGCAUGUGCAACUGAGGUAGGAUAAGAGAGGUAAGGCAAUAAAUAGGCCAUAGUGGCGAAGUAAUUACAAUAUAGCAAUUAAUGGUAGAAUGUGCAGAAUGUGUGGAAUGGUAGAAUGUGCAGAAGAUGAAUGUGCAAGUAGAGAUACUGGGGUGCAAAGGAGCAAGAUAAAUAAAUAAAUACAGUUUGGGGAUGAGGUAGAUUGGAUGGGCUAUUUACAGAUGAGCUAUGUACAGGUGCAGUGAUCUGUGAGCUAUGAGACAACAGGGAAUAUUCACCAUGCCCUGGUCUUUCUAUACAGCCUUCAUACAGACUUGCAUGUACAUUGUUAUCCAUCUAGUCAUUUUAUGAAUUUAUGUAAUUCAUUCUACCAGUCAAAAUGGGUGUGUGAUAAUAAUUUAAAUAGAAUGGUGAUAAAAUUGCAUUUCACCUCUCAUGCAAGAGCCUUAGAAUUUCUUACCUUCCAGGUUCUUACUUCUGGUUAGGCCUCACUAGAUUUAUGUUCAGGGAUUCUGUUGAAAAUAAACUCAUGAAUUUCUGAAACAUUGUGGAAA